UUGACUAAUUCGUAGUUUUCUACAUUCAAAUCAACUAAAAUCCAAUUCGCAUUUCUCUUUUCCCACACCCCUUAAAAAACGCUCCCAUUUUCGCCAUUUUACCCGCGCCUCCACCUCACACCACCCCCUCUCUCUCCUCCCUCUCUCUCUCUCCUCUCUCCUCUCUCUUCUUUCUCUCUCCUCUUCUCUCUCCAUCUCCCCCUCCUAAGAACACAACGCGAUGAUGCCCCGAUCCUUACUCUUCGUACUAUUAACCCUAGGCUCCGCCUCAAUACCCUUCUCCCUCGCCGCAUCGGUCGGAGACACGUGCUCGACCAAUGGAGAUUGCGGCGCGGGGAUGCGAUGCGGCGGAUGCGGCGGCGGUUCCUCGAUCUGCACGCAGAUCCGGCCGAUCGAUCCCGAAACGCAGGGCAAGGGUUUACCGUUCAACCGGUACUCGUGGCUCACGACGCACAACUCGUACGCGCUCACGGGGGAGAGCUCCGCCACCGGGUCCCCGCUCAUCUCCCCCACCAACCAAGAGGACAACAUCACCUCCCAGCUCCAGAACGGUGUAAGGGGUUUGAUGCUUGACAUGUACGACUUCGAGAAUGACAUCUGGCUGUGCCACUCCUUCGGUGGAGUCUGCUACAACUUUACUGCCUUUCAACCGGCCAUCAAUGUGCUCAAAGAAAUCCAAGCCUUUCUUGCGGCAAACCCUUCAGAGGUCAUCACCAUCUUCAUUGAAGACUACACAGCACCGGGCGGCCUCACAAGAGUAUUCAAUGCUUCUGGCCUCAUGACAUACUGGUUCCCGGUGUCCCAGAUGCCCAAGAACGGUGGAGACUGGCCUUUGCUCAGCGAUAUGAUCAGCAAGAACCAGCGAUUGUUGGUCUUCACGUCUAAGUCCAAGAAGGAGGCUGCAGAGGGGAUUGCCUAUGAAUGGAAUUAUGUAGUUGAGAAUCAGUAUGGUGACGAGGGAAUGGUGGCGGGCUCGUGUCCAAACCGAGCGGAGUCGUCCCCAAUGAACACAACAUCUAAGUCACUCGUUCUAAUGAAUUACUUCCGGACAGAUCCAAACUUGACUGAGGCUUGCUCGGAUAAUUCCGCGCCGCUACUCAGCAUGCUUACAACAUGUCAUGAUCUUUCCGCCAAUCGCUGGGCUAAUUUCAUUGCGGUCGAUUUCUAUAUGAGGAGUGAUGGAGGGGGAGCACCACUAGCAACAGAUGUGGCGAAUGGGCAUCUGGUUUGUGGGUGUGACAAUAUUGCCUACUGCAAGGCUAAUGCUACCUUCGGCACCUGCGACGUGCCGCCAUCUCCUCCCCCGUCCAAAGCACGACCAGGCUCGAAAGCACCCUCGGCAAGUUCGACGAACUCGAAUACGUCUGCUGCUUCGUCGCCUUUUAUACCCUAUCGAUGGUGUUGGAUGUUUGAGAUAGCAUCAUUAGCCUUGGUUCUUCUUCUGUUGUGAGGUACAUUCAUUUGCUAUUACUAGUAUUGAGUUGCUUCAUGUUGUUGUAAUAGUUUUUGAAACAUAAUUUUUUAUUGUGACUACAACUGAUGCCUUUAAUUAUCUUUAAUACAUUGAAUAACAGGUGUUUUCAGUUUUCUUUUUAUUA